CAUAAAUAGGGUUUUAUCUUUGCUCUUUCCAAUCUCUAGUCUAGCUUCAGAGUUUUGUUUGGAGGCCAUGAAAACUGCAAAACUAAGAACCAAAGAUGUUACAUUCUCGGAUAGGAUCAGUCACUUACCUGACGAUUUGCUCUUCAUAAUCCUCUCAUUAAUCCCAAUAAGCGAUGCCAUGUAUACAUGCUUACUCUCCAAACGGUGGAAAUCUCUAUGGAAGAUGAUGCCAACGCUUGAGUACGACGAAAGUUGUUGUGACAACAUUGCUUGGCGUGGAUUUAACAGUUUUUGUCAGAGGUCUUUGCGGUUACACGAAGCUCUGUUUCUAAAAACCCUAACUGUCAAACUUGGACAAAACUCGAGGGAUCUGAAACUCCCAAGUAGUUUCCCAAACCUAGUCGUCCUGAAACUCCACACGGUUUCUCUUUACUUUGCUGAUUCACCACCAUCAACUUUUUGUUUCCAGUCCUUGAAAAGUUUGCACCUAACACAUGUUAGGUUCCGUGGGGAAGAAGCUUUCUCCAAGCUAACAUCGGCUUGUCCUGUUCUUGAAGAUCUAUUCUUUGAUGGUGUUACCACCAAUGACUCAACUUCUUUUUUCACCAUAUCGCUAGUUUCUCUACAUAGAUUCGAGAUAAAAGAUAAUACUUCUCGGGCUCGCUACGGCCAUUCUAGCUACAACUACAAAUCUCGAUUCAAGAUAAACACUCCUUCUUUGAAGUACUUAAACUUAUCGAUGGAAGAUUUCUGUGGCCGUUUAGAGCUUGAUGAAGAUAUGCCUAAUUUGGUGGAGGCUCGUCUCGAUGUUGAUCCUUAUAAAACUGACGAGUUACUCAGAUUUCUUACCUCAGUCCAGUUUCUUUCCAUACAUAUAUAUGCUGAAGAGGUUCUGCUUCUUGCUGAGAAAAUCUCUCAUCGGCUUCUUCAUCUUGAACUAUAUAUUUAUGGCAAAUGUACACGUAAUCUGCUUCUGCUUUUGCUUAAACAUGCCCCUAAACUACAAUUUCUCAAGCUUCAAGAGACACAAAGGAUGACACGGCCUACUGCUCGUGUCAGAAAGUUCAAGGAUCCACCACCUUCAGUCUGUAACCCCAGCUCGGUUCCUGAAUGUGUGUCCUUCCAUCUUGAAACUUUUCAAUUGACUGGCUACGAAGGAAGAGAGGAAGAGAUAGAACUCGUAUAAGUCUAAUGCUCUGUUUUAUGAACUCAAAUAUAAAGAAACUCUUCUUUAUUAACUUAAGAAACUUCUCAAAACUUAAGUUCUCCAAAUCACAAACCCUUAAACUCUUAAGGUAUGCAACACUCUUGCAUCUACUUAUAUAGGAAACACAUUAUCCUAAACUCUUAGGACUUAUCU